AUGCUUGAGCAGUGGCUUCAGCAUGAAUAUGCACCCCCUACUGUGGACAACAAAGUCUUCAAGCUACCUCUGGUCCCGGAGCCAGCAAGGCCAAAGAAGAUCCCUUUCCGUGACAGACAGGAUAUCGAGGUCAUCCUUCGUGGAGAAAAGUCAGACCACUACGCCCGCCUUUGCAAAGAAAACGCGGACCUCGAAGUCUCAUUCAACCCAACCGGCGGUGAUUUCACCAUUACUGAGCGCGUCCAGGAUCCGGAAGAGCCAUGCCACUAUCUAGAAGUGACCGUUCACCUUAACCGCAAGAACUCGGAGCUGCUAGAUAUCAGAAGGUUCUCUCAAUCUACGCUGCUGAUUGCAUUUGCCGUUGCCGAUGGGAAGUAUCCCUGGAUGGAAUAUCGCCAAUCUGGAUUCCAAAGUGCACGCCUACCUAGCCUUCUUAGCCAAGCUGUCAAAGCAAGGUGGCCCCUCAGCUAUAUCAAAGUCCUCCUUCCACUCGCAAAGCACCCUCGUAGCUGGACUGCCGUUCUCGCGCUGAUGACCUUUAAGGGUGUUGAUGAUAAAGACUUAAAAGAGGUAAAGGAACUAUACAAAGCAGUGGAAAGGUGUCAGAGCGAGUUAUCUGAUAUCAGCCAGCGCCCGGGGCGCGCUAGUUCACUCGAGGAGUUGAUUAAUGAGGAGGAAGCAAUGCGCAAACAUAUCAAAUUGAAGGAUCCAAAGAGCCGGACUGCAUUGAUCAAGUAUUAUGAACAGUUGGUCGACGACAUUGCCGUUGCUCAGAAACGAACCAUGUGGCUGAAAGAGUCAGACAGGCUCGCCAAAGAGCAGGAGAUUAUUUACCGGAAGGUCGACGAACUUGAUAAUUAG